AUGGACAACCACGAGCACUUCGAAUCCGUCCCGGGCUUCCUUCUGUCCAGUCAGUGCACCGAAAGUUCAUUCGAAAAGAUACCUAUCAUUGAUAUCACUGCUGCGAGCAGUACCGAUCCGGUGGCACGACGCGUUUUGGCUAAUGAGAUUAGGGAUGCAUGUAUCAAUGUCGGCUUUUUCUACAUAAAAAAUCAUGGAAUUGCUGAGGAUACCAUUACAGCUGCCAUAGAUGCAGGAAAGAAGUUUUUUGCGUUGCCAACGUCUUCCAAGAUGGAUCUCGAUAUUCAUCGAUCAUCUAACUAUAAAGGUUACACCGCUCUCUUGGGAGAAAAUACCGAUCCCAAAGGACAUGGUGAUCUGCAUGAAGGGUUUGACUUGGGAUGGGAAGAACAGGACUUAGAGGAGAUGAAGAAUGAGAGCGCCAUGUCAGGUGGCAACGUUUGGCCCGAAGCGGUUCCAGGUUUCAAGGAACCCAUACUGAAUUACUACCACGAAGCCGUUCGAUUAGGUCAGAAUCUGUUUCCUCUUUUUGCGCUAGCAUUGGACCUACCAGAGAACUUUUUCGAUGAUAAGACGAUGAAACCAGCUGCGAUAAUGCGACUGUUGCACUACCCUUCUCAAAAUCCAUCAAGGAUAGAUGAACAGGAGGAAGUGCUUGGCAUAGGAGCACACACUGAGUACGGUUUCCUACCGUUUAAAUUUUCCUUGGAAUGCUUCACGAUUCUCUGGCAAGACAAGGUUCCCGCACUGCAAGUGAAGAAUGCGACUGGUAAAUGGAUAGACGCAGUUCCUAUCCCCGGAACAUUGGUGUUAAAUCUAGGGGACCAGUUUGCGCGUUGGACGAACGAUGUAUUCAAAUCCACUCUUCAUCGUGCAAUCAACAGAUCUGGACAAGAACGAUAUUCUAUGCCACUAUUUUUUGGUACCGAUUAUGAUGUACUACUCGAGCCUAUUCCCAGCUGUGUGUCUCCGGAACAUCCGUCCAAGUACGAGGUUGUCACCGCGGGGGAAUAUGUGAAAUCUCGGUUAGACGCUACAUAUGCUCAUUCGGCGGUGAAGAUGAUGUAG